CGUGUGGAUUUAGAUAGUGGAAGCAUAUGAAAGCAGCUUAUCUUAAGCAUAUAAGUGGCCAAGCAAACCAUAUGAGAUCAGAUAAAUACAGUAAAAACAGUUCUCCAAAUCUUUUGAUUAUGGAGGUUAAGGUUAGGUUUAUUUGAAGUAUUACUUGGCUACAAUAAAACAGAAGUCUAUCGAGAUCCUCACAAGUAUGGUGAUACCAGUUUCCUUAGAAACUUCCUCACACAAUGGCGAUGAUGGUGCAGCUGUUUUUUGUUGUCUUCAGUUUGGUCUCGGCCACAGUGUCCAGUGAUGUGCUCAGAUUGGUUGGUGAUUCUGUUCAACUAGACAUACAGCAUCCUGUACCGGAGUUUGAGGACUUAUCCUGGGUUUUUAACAGAAAUAAAAAUGUUGUAAAACAUUAUAAUGAAAUUAAAAAAACUAGACAGCAUCCUGCUUAUGAAGGCAGAGUGGAGUUCAAAGAGGAAACCUACAGUCUGACACUGAAGAACUUACAGAAGACUGAUAGUGGACUGUAUGAAGCAAAAGCAUCAGGUGACAAUAUCACAGUUGUUGCUGAGUACAGACUCUCUGUGUUGGAUCCAGUGGAGGCUCCAGUCCUGACUCACCAGCUAAAUGGAGACGCCUGUAACAUCACUCUCACCUGUAGAGGUCAUGACCUCUCUAUCAACUCCAGCUGCUAUAAUGAAACCUGUGAGGAGGAGAAAGUGACAUCACCUGCAGGCGUCACCCUUUCCCUUUCUGUCAAUGGCAGCACCAUCAUCUGUAACCAUAGCAACCCAGUCAGCUGGAAGGAGACAGUUUUGGAGAUGAGAGAACUUAAACGACUUUAUGCUGAUGGAAGAAGAAAACGUGAAGAAACCCUUGGCCCAGCCUCAAAUUCAACAGUGCCUGUCGUGGUUGGCAUAGUGGUCAUUCUUAUUGUUGCUUUUAUAGUCAGAUAUUACUGCCGAAAGAGAUCAACAGAUUCCACGCAGUGUGACACAAUCUAUGCAGAAGUUGAGAACAGUAGUGCAGCAACACCACCUUUUGCACUGGAGACUCCUUCUACUGUGUACCGUGUUGUAGGAAAGAAACAACAACCUCCAAGUAAUGGACAGUCCAGUCAGACUCCAGUUCCUGAAAAUGAGAUGACACAUAACAAGCCUGAAACCAUUUAUGCCACAGUUUCACAACCCAUCAAAACUGUGAUUCAAGCGAAACAGGAUGAAACCACAUCAGAUGUGAGAAAUUGAAGCCACUCUUGAUUCACAGUCGGCUAAGAACCACCAUCUCGUGGGAGUCCACAAAAGUACAACAGGCCCUUCUCUAAUUGGGUGGGAAUGAUGGCUUUGGCCCACUGCUGAUCACAGCCAGACUAUAAGUUUUAGGUCAUAAAUACAGACCAUUCUUUUCAGCACCCCUUAAAUUACCUUCAGAUGUUACUUAAACAUCAGCCCGAAAAGAAAGGUGGUGUCAAUGUGGGGAACACAUGGGCAAACUGGGUUACAAAACAGAUGAAGAUAUAGAUCAUUGAAAUUUACUGGGCAUCAUUAAAAUGUGCGUUUGUACAAAAUUGAAAGGAUUAAUUAAUCUAAUCUUCCCUUAACAAUUUUUAUACAACAUUUCUGUUUACAAUAUGUUUUCACAUAUCAGUGUUUAAGACAGGGACGUUUUCAUUUAAACAGUGUAAGCUCUAGUCUUUUGGGGGCCAAAAUGUAAAGUUUAAGUUUACAUGAAGUUACUGUUUAAAUUACAGGUAAUCUUCUCAGCAUUCUGGUUCCAGGGCUCUGUCCAUGGCACAGUAUUUCUUGCUUACACUGCUAACUUUAGGUUUUAUCCCUCGUUACCAUGGCGACCAAGUUAAACAUUAAUCAUUAGACCCCAGAUCGGCUACUUCUUGUUCUCAAAUUCUGUUACCUGUUAACGUGUUAACAGAAUAUCUCUAUGCUUGAAUGGGUUCAUUACUCAUGGUCUUGAAACUACCCAGGUUGUCGAUAUCUGGCCCAACCUAACUUCUGUGGUUCAUGACACAAUGACAUAUUUCAUUAUUGCUUGUUUGCCAUUAUUUUUGCCGUUUUUUGGCUCCAGAUGCAUAUGUUCUUUGUUUGAGGCAUGAUGAUUUUUUCUCCUCUCUUGAGAAUCUUAAACAACAUAAUGGUACAGUAAUAAUCCAGAAUUAGGGCGCCUCUUUUGCCUGAGGGUCCCUAAGCAGCUGCUUAUGUCACUUAUUAGGUAGAGCUGGCACCAGGCCAAGAGAAUUAGUUUUUUGAGCUACAGGCUCUUAGCUUGGUAUAUAGAGACAAAAUAGUCAAAAGCACUAUGAAACCAAACGUGUAUUUUUUUUUUCUUUUUGUUUGGUUCUUUUUACAGUACUGCUACAGACACAGUAUACUGGAAGUUCCUGCUGACUAUCAAAAAAGAAACUUACAAAAUGCCUCUUCAGGUUUCAGAACACAUGCACUGUCCGAACUACAAAAAGAGUUUUCUGGAAACAAGCUUGUUAUCACACUUUAAAAACUGGCAUUCAUGUGCUGUGUGAGGAGUAUCAGAGUGUGGGAGUGUUGGCAGGGGGCUUAAUGGAGUAAUGGAGUAGUGGACUGUGGAGCUGGAGCCACAAAUGUGAGUGCAGCUGGCAGAUAUGAGCAAUAGGUCUACAUUGGAGCUAAACCCAAACACUGUGCUUGCUCUGUAGUCAUGUCGUCAACCCCCACAAGCACAGCCUCUACUGCUAAUGCUAACGCUGCUGCUACUGACCACAGCACAAAACCAGAGCAGAAUAUCGGUCUCUGCUACUUUAUUUGCAGUACAGAUUUGAACCACUGCAAGGCCUCAGUGAGUUUCCUAAAUGCACUGACCAUAAAGCGGAAAGAACCAGAACUGUCAGCCAGUCAUAGCUCCCCAGUAGAGUUACACAGCCGCAGUCUGCAGCUAAAGCAGGGACCCUUGUUUUUGAGGAUGACUCUCUUAGCUUAGUGCAUUACUGACAUUGUUCAUGUUGGCAAGAAUGACACGAGGAAGCAGAAGUCAGAGGUUAAAAAGGGACUUUAAAUGAUCUCUUUAAAACACUCAGCAAGCUCAAUGUCCAUUUAUCAGUGGUGCUCCACCUACAUGAAGAACCAAUAUGUUCUCAAAGGUUACUUGGAUUAAACGCUUGGCUACAUAAAAGCUGCAGGUCAAAUGGACUGAAAUUUGGACUGAGAAACAUGUCCACUGUGAUUGGAGACACAUCAGCAUUAACACCCAAGGACUCUGAUCACUGCAGUGUUGAUUUGUAGUGAUCAAUCAGCAAUUGUAUAUGAAAAAUAUAAUUAUAUACAAAUACACACACACACACACACACACACACACACACACACACAUACACACACACACACACAAAUAUAUAUAUAUGACCAAGUUUGUGUUAGAUAGGGACACCUAUGGGUGCUCUCUCUCUACUCUUAGUUUUAGCCUGCUGAUUUUCUAUAAGCUUUCUCCUUAGUUAACCCUUUGCAUGUGAGGUUCUGUGUGUUUGCGGAUGUGAUAACCCGUGAUUAUUUUUCUUUGUUUUUAUCCCUUUUUAUAUAUUUGCUUCCUUUUUCAUGUUCCUGUAAUCCUGAAAAGCAUUUUUCUUAACACAUUUUAUAAUCUAUUUUACUUUUGAA